GCCCGCGGAGGCGGCGGGAGCGCGGGCCGGGCCGGGCCGGGCCGGGCGGGAGGCGGCGGGGCCGAGCCGGGAGGGCAGAGCCGCGGCCCCGCUGCGCCCGCCCCGAGGCCGGAGGGAGCAGCAUGGCAGCCAGUCUCUGGAUGGGGGACACUGUUGAGCCUGGUUCAUGCAUGCCUGCUGGUUUUGAGUGGCAUCGACCCUCUUAAAUGAGUCUUCUUUUUGAAGUCUGGAGCCAUAUAUGGAUGAAAACUUUGUUUCAAGAGCCUUCGCCACCAUGGGAGAGCUUGUACUGAGUGUAAAAAUCAUUCGAAACAGGUUGACAGGAAUUCCAGCAGGCUAUUGCUUUGUAGAAUUUGCAGAUCUAGCUACUGCAGAGAAAUGUUUACACAAAAUCAAUGGAAAACCGCUUCCUGGUGCUACACCGGCAAAGCGAUUUAAAUUGAAUUAUGCAACGUAUGGAAAACAGCCCGAUAACAGUCCAGAAUAUUCACUUUUUGUGGGAGACCUGACUCCUGAUGUGGAUGAUGGGAUGUUAUAUGAAUUUUUUGUUAAAGUUUAUCCAUCGUGUAGAGGUGGAAAAGUUGUUUUGGACCAGGCAGGAGUGUCCAAAGGUUACGGGUUCGUGAAAUUCACGGAUGAACUGGAACAGAAAAGAGCGCUGACGGAGUGUCAGGGAGCUGUGGGGUUGGGCUCUAAACCUGUUCGCUUGAGUGUGGCUAUACCAAAAGCUAAUCGUGUGAAAUCAAUGGAGUACAAUCAGAUGUACAACUACAAUUAUAACCAAUAUUACCAACAAUAUCACAACUACUACGCGCAGUGGGGCUACGACCAGAACACAGGCAGUUACAGCUACAGCUAUCCUCAGUACGGAUACACGCAGAGCACAAUGCAGACAUAUGAAGAAGUUGGGGAGGAUGCAUUAGAAGAUCCGACGCCUCAGUUGGACAUCCAGGAAGCAAAUAAACAGUUUAUGGAACAGAGUGAAGAGCUCUAUGAUGCCUUGAUGGACUGUCAUUGGCAGCCUUUGGACACUGUCUCGUCAGAGAUUCCAGCCGUGUUAUAGCCUCAUUGCUGAGGCACUGUGUCCGUGUGACAAGCCCGCCAGUGCGCUCCGGACUAUUCUGCUGCACCCGGAUCCGGCAGCAGGGAGGGGUGGCCCUUUCUCCACCCACGUCUGCUGCUUGAAGUAGAGGAGGACUGUGGCCUUUCCUGUACAGAAUGAGUAUCGUAGAAGCAUCAUGGUAACUUUUAUUCAUGGUGAAAGUUUUACGACGGUUUUAUUCCUUUUGUCUUGAAAUGAACUCUUAAUACUUCUUGGGAAUUGUAAUUUAUAAACUUUCAACGAGAUGGCACAGGGGAAAGACUCUACUCCAACCUACAAUAAAAAAGUUGGUCUUUUAAGUAAAAUUACCCUUUGCAUUUUGGUUCCUGCCCAUCUUUCUGUUUUGCUGCCUGUUUACCCAUCUUCAGUCACUUGAUCCAACUCUCAUAAAUGUGUUCUUUAAAAAAAUCAGCGUUGGAUACCACUAAAAUGUCUCAGGAGCUUUCUAGUGACUGGCUCCCGGCCACUAUUGCAGCACCCGAAGCACCGAAGAGACUUUUAUGUGGAGCUACAAAAGAGCCGUGCACCUGGAUUUGUAGGGUGUGUGUUUCGGAAUCCAAGUUAAACAAGAGUGUGGGAUUUUGUUUCUCCUGGAUGGCUACAGGAAAAGCCCUGAUUAAUUCCCAUUAGCGUAACACAAGGACUCUGCAUAGUAAGAGCGCUUCCCUGUGGAUUGUCUGCUCCCACCUGUCCAGCAGUAGGAAUUGCAGCCUCUUCCAGCGUUUGCUCCGGAUCGUGCGCUACAGAAGAGACUGGUGUGAGGCUCCCAAGCUAUUCCAGGAGGUUUCAUUAGGGCUGAAAGCCAAAGAUGGCAGACACGCAGUGGGAUUGUCUCUGCUCCGUCUUCUCUCCAUCCAUCUUCUCAUGAUGGGCCAAGGUCUGCUGAGCAUUGUUGCUUUUCGAUAUUGCUCUUUGGGGAUUCUCCCUGUUUUGUGUUUGGAAGAUUCUCUUCCCAAAAACUUGAUGUUUACCAAGGUUGGGUAAAUUUUAAGUGCAAGUUAUUUUUGUUAUGCUGAGCUCCUGGUUUCUGUCUUGCUUUAGGAUUCGGCAGGGAGAUUUCUAGCUCCAAUUUGCAGGAGUCACUGUGCCAAGGAGCAUUCAGGCUGCCUGGGGAAUGACUGGGCAGCGCAGCUCCAGGAACCAUGGAGGAGGUGGUGGACAGGACCAGCUGCUUGCAGCCCAUCCCCACCAGCUUUGACAAGGGCUGUUUUUAGAAGAGCUUGGUCACACAAGGUUUGGGGCUCGUUUCCAGGCGGAUUUCUGCUUUAAAUAGCUGCUAGGCUUAUUUUGUUGGGAACCUGGCAUGUUGGUGGUGGGGUUACCAGCUUGAAAGGCAAUUCCUGAGCACCAUGAAUUUUUCCAUGUGUGAAUCUUGCACAGAACAAAUGGAAAACUGUUUUUCUCCCUGUCUCCAGGGCCAAAGGACGGGGAGCAGGCAUGAUGUUUAAGAUCUCCCUUCUCAACCUGAUCUCUCGUGAUGGCUGUGGCUUCAGCAUUGGUAUCUGAAGAAGUUUCAGCAGUCACUUUUAAAUCCUUCCCACUGGUUAUGGAUCCUGAGCCAGAAACCUGACAGAGAAGCUACCUGAAGCUCAAGACCGCUCUUCCCCAGCGGCAUCCUGGCAUGGGAGGUGAUCCUGAUACACGAGAUGGCUGAUGAUCCUCAGCUUAGCUGCCUUGGGCAGGGUUGCUUGGUUGGAGCUCACUGAGUCGAAGGCCUGCUUGCCAAUAGACCCGAGGAUUACUUAAUGGAAAAGGCUGCGAGUUGCUGAGCUGCUGGCCCUGAUGGAGGGAUUUGGUUUGCUUUCCUUAGUGCCUGGAUCGUGGGGGAAGCUGUGAGACGGAGCAAGUCUAAGGAGAACAUAGAGCUGCGAUGCGCUGGUUCCUGAGGGUUUUCGUGCUGCCGUGCAAGAUUUAGUUCUCUUCCAGCCCUCUCCUGCAGAACCGGCAGCUCCGCACGGCCGGAGCCUGGCUGCAUCCUGAGCUGUGAGCUCUCCCUGAGUGGGAACAGCCGCUCCAGUGCUCGGCUCACCCACACCACGGGGAGAGGGAAUUCAUUUGGCUUGGGGUGCUGCUCAAGCUCCCACUUGGCAUGGAAGAAUGAUCUUUUCCGUGGAGUUUUCUCAGGAGAAGACCUUGAGGGGUAGAACUGGAUGUGAAAUACUGUGAGGGUGAAUAAACGCAGUCAC